AUGAACAAUUUGUUUCCUUUUUCAGGGAUCCUCAUUGCCAAGAAAAGUUUAUUUAGGAACCCUGUACCUUCAGGUUGCGGUGGAGGCUCUGUGUUUUUUGUAAGUAAAGAACAUUUUUGAAGGAGCUGCGCUGCUCAUUAGUUGCAACUUAGCUAUAAUAAAACAGAGAAAAAACAGAGUAAACAUUGUUUGAACGACAAAAAAACUGAAUUCACUGGCUCUACCACAUAGCAACUUGGCCACUGUAGAACUGUCCCGCCCUACCCCCUCUCCAGCUUUCCUGUUGUAUUUGACCAUUUCUUUUUUUUGCAAUUUAAGGUGACAGAGAACUCUCAUAGAUACCUAAAGGAGAUUGAGAUGAGGGAGGAGGCUGGAACCCCAGCUAUUGUAGGUGCCAUCAGAGCUGGACUGGUCUUUCAGUUGAAACAGGUACAGGAUAAAUAUUAAACAGUUUCACAUAAUUUUCAGGGUCACCAUAGUUAGGACAUGUAGACAUGUGAUGUAAUGACAGGUAUAGAUCGGUCUAACUUAAGAGUCUGCUGACAAACUGAAAUGGUGUGACCAUUCAAGUAAAAACUACUGAGAAGUAGCUAAUGGUGGCAAAAUGACAAGUUUAUUGUCCGAGACUGCUUUUAACUAUGUUUGAGCCUGUGAAUGAAAUUUUAUUGUGUGACCAUUCAAAUGAAAACUCUCUGCAAUACUCUGUCUGUGGCUGAUGAAUCCUUAAGUGUGACCAUUCAAGUGAUACCUAGUUAUUGUUUAUGCUUGUACAAAGUUCUUUGAUUUGCAUGAGAUCUUUUUGAUAUUCAAUUUUUUUUGACUGGCCUCUUCUUCUACAGUAUCACUGAGUAGUCCCUCAUCUGAACGUCUUGACCAGCAACAUUGUAGCAAUGAGUAUGGUGGGGUGGGUCAUGUUUACUGCAUUUUUUUUAGUUUUAAAAAUUAUUUUAAACUUAAGGGGCCUUUUUUUUUCCUCAGGAAAUAGGUUCAGCUGCCAUCAUGACCCGAGAGGAAGAUUUAUGUAGGUUAGUAUUUACAUAUGCCAUUUUUCUUCUUUUCUUUGAUACUGAUAACCACAAAAUAUAAAAUAAUGUAAGUACAGGACCCAGUUUUGAAUUAAGCAGUUUUGUGAGUCGUCACAUGUUCUGCCCGACGUUGGGGAGGAUUGAGUGACAAGCCAAAAGAACUCUACAUGGGAGGCUAUGUUGUGAUCGUGAUAAUUUAUGGAUUUUGGGUAUUCCUAAGCUCUUUUGAUGAUUAUAUAUUUUACAUUAUCAGCUCAUUGUAAAGGCUUACUGGGUAUACUUUCACCUCAUUUUGGAGUGGUAAUUUUAACUGAAUUGAUAGCAACAUCGUCAGAAAGAAUUUUGUUUCUCAACAGGAGAGCCCUAUUAGCAUGGAACAACAAUGAGAAUCUUGUUCUGUUGGGGAAUACAGCAGUGGCUCGCCUCCCGAUCUUUUCAUUUCUGAUCAGGCACCCAAUCUCAGGGUUGUUCUUACAUCACAACUUUGUAUGUGCCCUCCUGAAUGAUCUGUUUGGAAUACAGGCCCGUGGAGGCUGUGCAUGUGCUGGCCCCUAUGCACAGGUACGCUGAAAUUUCGUAUUAGCAUAUUCCUAAAGUUAAUUGUCCGCUGUAAACGGCUUUGCUUUUUACCCUUGUCAUAGAAUCUGUUGGGAAUUAACGAGGAACUAGCAAGAGAAAUUGAAAACCUCAUAUUGGAAGACAGGUUUGUGGCCUAUAGUGCUUGAUCAUUACAGUUUCUGAACUUACAAGUUCCACAGUCGUGAUUAUUGCAGCUUCAAUUGUUUGUCUCGUGAUCUAUCAGAAGUUCACCUUCUUCAGGACUAAAUCAUUGCUUUCUUUUUGGUACUAGUAUAACUAUUCUGUAAUUCUAAACCUUCACAGUUUCAUUUAGUUUAAUUAGUUCUAACAAAGCUAUUGUUUAUUUUCCUUAUGAAAAGAAUGAUGUUAACAUUUUCCUCUUAAACAGUCGCUUAGACAGAGUUCACCUCCGACGCUACCAUGAAUACUCUGAAAGAGAAAUCUUGAGGUAAGUGUUCGAAACACUUUUUCAUCAUCAUCAUCAUCAUCCUCCUCCUCAUCAUUGUCAUCAUGAUUGUACGGAUUCCCAAAAGGGGUCCCCUACUUGAACACUAAGGAUCAUGUUACAUCAGGAGUAAUCGGCUCCUGGUGACAUUGAACAGAGCACGUUUUCCAAUUUUGACAAGUCGUUUCCUUUCGUUUCUCGUGCAUUGGGCACGAACUCAGUUGACCUUAUUCUUAAUUUUGUGGAACUUCAUUUAAGGAUAAUUUCAUUACAGUCAUCAUCAUCAUUGUUAUCAUCGUCAACCUCAUCAUUGUCAUCAUCGUUGACAUCAUCAUCAUCGUCAUCCUCAUCACCAACAAAACAUCAUCAUUGUGACCUUUACGUCUUCCCACGCCAAAUCCAAUUAAUUGACGUUGAUCCUCAAAACGUACGGCUUCCUAAUUGCAAUUCGGAUUUAUUAUGACUUUGAACUAACUAGAAUAAAGUACACGUGUAAAUAUCAAUUCACAUGUUCUUCCCAGACCAGGUUUUGUGCGGCUUAAUUUGCCGUAUUUUAUGUCAGAUGAUUCUGUCGAGUUUGUUAUAAAAGCAGUGAAGAUGGUGGCAGAACAUGGCUGGAAACUUUUACCACAGGUAAUUAAAUAUUUCUGUAAAAGGUCAGUUUUUAAUGGUAAGGAUCCCAGCCUGUCAUCGGGCUCUCUUGUGGUGGGUAGGACGAAGAGGAAGCUGGCAAAUUCUUGAAGACAGGGAAUAGGAAAGGGGGGGAAAGUAACGAUCCACUGAAAGUAACCAACUGGGAGGGAAAAAUGAUCCCCAAAAGUAACCUUACAAGUUGAUGCCUGGUAAUUGAUCUUGAAAGUGACCUGGGUGAAGGUUUUAACAUAUACAGUGCAGGCUAGUGACAGUCACUCUUCCCUCGUGUAUAUUUUAGAUAUUUUUGCUCAUUUUAUUCGUUUUUGUCCUGUUUAGUACAUGUUUAACCCUGAGACUGGAGAGUGGAAACACAGAAAACAUCAGGUGACAUGCACGCAAUUCUUUAAUAAUGCCUUUUCUUUGUGUGUUUGUUUUUGUUUUCCAUUUCACAACAGUUAGACUUCUCAGAACUUUUCUAAACCGUUUGACUUGAUCCUUCCCGUAUUUUGGCCAGCCAUUAGCCUUGCCUUGUUUUUUUUUUAGGUAUUUCGUGACCGAAAGUGGCUUGGUUCAAUUACUUACUCAGAGGGUCACAUGACUUAUCCAUCAUCCCCCGCUUGCGCAGAAGGAGCCCCGAGUUCACACACGGUAGGAAACUAGUCCCACAUGGGAUGAGUCUUAACGCGGUUUUCCUUGCUUUUGCAUCAUCACGCUUUAUGAUUGGCUAAAAAUCUCACGCCGCUUAGUUCUUAGCCAAAGGAACCAAUCAUUAGUUGCUCGCGCAUGUUUCCUGUCCUUGGCGCAUGCUACAGCCAUUUCCUUUUAAUUUCAAUUGGUUAAGUUCUCUGGGACUUUUUGGAUUAGUGAAAUAAUUUUUUUUUUCACCCAAGUAAAGCCCUGUGAUUGAGACCGGACUCGAAAAAACGGCGAAAAUCGAGAGUGGUAAAACAGCGUUGCAACCACCAACCAACUUAAAUUAGCAGUUCACAAUCGAUUGAUUUUGAUGUUAAAAAAUGGUUGUUUAUCAGUGACCGUUGCUUUAUAUUUUAGAGACGAAAUAGUUACUGGGAAUGGCUGGGAAUAACAAUAAAGACAAUUAAUACUAAUUCGUGGCAUUGUAGUGCUUUUCUUUGUUCUCCUUACCCAUAUUUAUUUAUAAUUUAUUAAGAAUCUAGGGUUUGAUGUUAGUUUUCUUCUUUAACAUCCAGGAGUGCCUCAAAAACGCUGAAGAAAUUCUACAGAAAGCGACCUUAAACAGGGUAAAGACGAUUUUUUUUUCAUCUUAAGCAUGAACAGAAUAACUCGGUGGUGUUCAAAAUUCCGUCCCGGCCUUUAAUAGUUCUGUUAUUUCCUGUUGUUGUGUUGCAUGAGUUGGUUUCAAACUUUUGAUCAUUUGCAAGAAAGUUUUUAUCAAGAAGUACGGUACAAGACAAUUAUCUAUGUUGUUGGUGACUACAAAUUUUCAGUCUACCCUAAGAAGUUUAUUUUCUUUCCUCAGGCUAUCAACAGUGUUUGUGAUCAAACGUUAUUUUUGGCCGAGGAAGGUGAAAAGCUACGCUGGUUUUUGCUUCCAAGUGAAGCGGCGCAGCUGCUGAACGGUAAACAACUUAAAGACUAUCCGGUAAAGGCGCCUUUUACUCCAUUACAAUGGAAGAAUGGCUUGUGUGUCCCGCAGGGCGCUCAUUCGACAGGGGCUCAUUAUAUGGAGUCUUCUGUAGCUCCCAUAGAAAAAUGUACUACACUGAGAGAAAACACAGAGGAAAGAGAUUUGAACGGGGUGACAAACUGUGGUUGUAUUGCAAAACGUGAAAUUGGUAACAACAUCGCGGGGAUUUCUAUUUCUAGUGUUGACAAAUGCAAUAAUGAUGCUGAAAGACUCAGAGAUUUGCCUGACUCUGCGGAAAUAAAAGAAAAUCAAACCACUUUGGUACAUGUUUGCAACAGAUCUUUGGAAGGCGCAGGGGAUAAACCUAGAUUUAACGCUGAAGACAUGGAUACAGAACUUGCAGGUGAAGAUUUACUCUCACGUAGAAGGAAUCACGGAAAGGUUUUUGACGAAACAAGGAUACUUAACUGUCCUGAGCAAGGAGAAAACACAAUCACAAGUGCUUUAGUGAGUGAGACAUCUUUGAAUGGACCGAAGAACGAUUGUGGUUCCCUUAUUGACAGUGAAACAAGUGAAAUAUCAAACAGUUUUGACCAGAAAUUAAACCUAAACACUUCUUCUUCGAGGGAAAGGAUAGUUCCUUCUUCCGAAGGCAGUGAGACUAUAACGAUUUCAGAGGCUGUUUGUCGCCGAAAACCGCGAAAGAAGAAACAAAAUGAAGUGACCUCGGGUAAACCCAAGUUUCAUCAUCCUCCCAAGACUAUUUUUAAACCAGCCACCCAGGUAUGAAAACAAUUAUUAGAAAUAAUUCACGCGGAAGCUGUUUCCUUUUUGUACCGAUAAUUUCUGAGCAUGUUUAAGGCUUUCAGUCUGUCGGGACGAGCAAAAAGGAGACCGGCAGGUGAAGAAACCGGCGGAAACUGAGAAGAGGGAGAGAACAGCGCCCUCGCUAUUCUCGUCCUCAGACCCUCCUGUCCCUCUUAGCCGGCGAGGUCUGAGAACGAGUUCCUGAUGCCAGACCUUGCUGACAAAGAGGAAGAGGAAGCUCUGGGAACGAGAAUAUUCGUUAGCUUUCCUCUUUGCUUGCCUCUUUAUCCCCCCAAACUUAGAGCCUCGAACAGGCUAAUAAGUUUUUACUAUCAGAAUUUUAUGCUGUGUAAAAACAUCUCAUAUUCCCCCGUUUUUUCAGUGUCUUUCGUUUUGCCUUUUCUCUCCUUCUGGUCAUAUUUAUCCUGGGUGUAAAAAGGCAUUGUAUGAGGUGUAUGAAGAGGCUGCAGAUUUCUUGGCGAGAAGUUUAGUUUCUUUAAGGAAUAAAGAGGAAAGGGACAAAAAAAAGAAAAAUCGUACAAUUUCUCUGUUUAACCGGCCGUUAACACUAGCAGCUCACACUGUAGUAAGCCAUUUUGUUUCUCUUUAAUUGCAGGCUUUAGAGGAGUACGAGAUGAUUCGCAAUGGAGACAGAGUGCUAGUGUGUCUGUCAGGAGGCAAGGACUCGCUUUCGUUACUUCACACUUUACAUCAAUAUCAGUUCUACAGCAAAUCUAAGGUAUGCUCCCAUGUUAUGAAUGAUCUACUGGACAAAUCUGAGUUAGCGCAACCAAUGCAGGUGGCGGUUUUUUACUGCGCACAGACCGCCAUGUUGGCGGUAGAGGCAAUAACAUACCACUGUAAACAGCCUAACUCACGGUUAAGCCCGCCCAGUUUUUCGGUUUGUCGCGUUCAUCACCACUCCACCACAACCUAGUUCUCAGGCUGCCUCUUCUUCCCGUCCCUCGGGAACGAGGUUGUCACCACUGGUCCACCAGUCCCCACCCACUUCUCCGCCUCUUUUCGAAUUCAGAGGAUUUUUGCAAACGUUUCUACUAUAAUUGAUUAACAUUGAACGUUAUAUGGUGAUACAAUUGGGGAUUAUUAGAUAGAUUUUGUUUUCAUGUUAUGGCUCUUUUGUUAGGGCAUAAAUUUUGAACUGGGAGCCGCCACUGUGGACCCUCAGUCCCCAGGAUAUGACCCCAAACCUCUGGUCCAGUAUUUAGCGGCCCUUGGUGUUCCUUACUUUUUUGAAGAGCAAGGUAUGUCGAGCUAUGAACUGUGAAAGCAAAGAUAGCGCUUUCAACGUUUGUUUUUCCUAAUUCGAACUUAAGUAGAAUCUUUUUGUCUUAAGAUAAAAAACCGUGGCGGAUAAACAGCUAUUUUACAUUUGAAGUCGUUAAAAAUUCGGUCUUUUUUUCGUUUUUAACGAAGUCUCUUUCAUAAGCUUUUGGUAAACUAAUUUCGUCCAGUAGAAUAGUCAAAACCGCAUACAAAAUUGCAUUGAAUUUAACUCGAACAAAAGAAAAAAACCCUUCAGGUUUCUUCGCUUUGUGUACCUGCAAUGUAUUUGAUAAAUUGAGUUUUUAUCUUUUGUCCAGAUAAAACAAUAUAUUCCGUUUGAAAUUUAUCUUCCAAACAGGAAUCAUACAGCAAGCAGCUCAGCUGACUGUUUGUGAGUCUAUAUGUAGUUUUUGUUCCCGGAUGAAGCGUGGACGCUUGUAUGCAUGUGCAAGGCGCGAAGGAUACAACGUGCUCGCUAUGGGACAGCAUCUUGAUGAUCUGGCUGAAAGGUGAGCCGGAUAAAAAUUCUUUCCUGUUUUUGUUAACAGCCAGUGAUAUGUGGGGAUCCGCCCUGUAUAACACCCUCAGGCUCUGUCAGGAGUGGUGGGUGCGCCGCCAAAUGGUAACCUGUGUUUAGCCAUCCCCUCCCGUAAAAACAAAAUCCAGGAGAGGGACACCGAUUUUGUUUGAGGGGAGGAGAGGGUGUAUACAGGCUACGAAUUGUUGAAAUUAGUUGCUUACCCUUUAGAGAAGUCUACGUUGAAAAGAGUAUAACCCGUCUUACAUGCCACUUCCCCGGCCCUUUUUUUUCCCUCCCUCUCUGGAUUACACCAACUUCCUCCUUGUAUAAAUGUCCCUAACAAAAUUAAAAUUGUUUUCGGUGCCAUAAGAGAGGUCAAGCACCGCCUUUAUGGCAAUCGAGAAACGGCAGGAUGCAGAGUAAAGUUUUGUCCCGCAUGUUUUUUUUUUAUGAAUGUGAAAGCACGGUCAGCGAUAAAAGAAAAACGGGUUUUUCGCAAACGUGAUCCUUGAAAAUUUGGCCAUUUAUUUUCAGCUUUUUGAUGUCAGCAUUUCACAAUGGUCUGUUGCGAACAAUGAAAGCGAACUAUACCGUCUUGUAAGUAUGUAUAUGUAACAAACCUGUUAAUUAUUUGUUUAAUCUUAUAAAUCUUUCCAUCAAAAACCUUCGUGCACAAAGACAUAUUAAUGUUUUAAUCAGAUUUAGUUUUAAAGGUUACUACUUGUCGUGUUUUGCUCUUCCCGCAAAGUUAGAUCAUGAAUGGAUUUCAUUUAAUCACAUCAUAUUUUCUUCGUUUUAGUUGGUUUUAUUCUGUUAUGAAAAUGCUAUUGUUUUUCUUUUGUUUCACUGAAAACUCUGACUACAGAUUCAACGUUUGUUUUUUUUUUUUUGGAAAUGAAGCUAAUGAAUAAAUAUCUUUACAUUUUAGGGAAUGUGAUUUGCGUGUUAUCAGGCCUUUAGUUUAUGUACGCGAGAAGGAAUUGAGAAGUUUUGCGGAAAAGGUAAUGUUUAAUUAUUCGAACACAUAAUUAGUUCCUGACAAAGACCGAUGCCAGGCGAAACUUUGUUCCGUUUUUCGGCAGACUUACCGUAUUUAUUCGAAUAAGCGCCCAACCUCGAAUGAGCGCCCACCUCGACUAAGCGCCCAUGCUAAAGGUAGAAAACGUUAAUAAGCGCCCAGCCUCGAAUAAGCGCCCACCCCACCCCACUCCCUCCCACAAAAACUAAUAAGAGACCCUCCUGAAGACGCAGUUUUCUUCAGAGUGUUUUACAGAAACCUUGCUCUGCUACAUCUUCGCUUUUUGUUAGUAACAUUUACUGUUUUGUUGCAAAAUAUACUACUACACUUGCUGAGAAUGGUGAAAAUGUAAUAAGCGCCCACUCUCAAGGUCCAAAAAAUUUAAUAAGCGCCCAGGGCGGUUCAUCGAAUAAAUACGGUACUUCAUUUUCCAGCCCGGCGGAAUGUUUAUUGCCACAAAACCAGAGUUCGCCAGGGGUUGGAAAUUAUUAAUAAAUAAUACAUGUAGAUAGGAUGUAGAAGUGAGAUAAUGUCAUAAUUUAUCGUGAAAAUUUGUGUUAUUUAAGGUCAAACUUCCUGUGAUUGCGGAGAACUGUCCUGCCUGUUUUGAAGCACCCAAGGUCAGUACUUUUGCAUUUGUUGCCUUUUUAAUUGGUUUUCAUGUUUAACUUUUGUUGUAUUUCUUCUUUUCAGGAGCGUCAUAGAACAAAACAGCUUCUGGCAGCUCAGGAAAUAUUGUUUCCAGGCCUCUAUCACAGCCUGCUCACGGCCAUGAAGCCUUUGAUGGCUCGCGAUCGAGUGGGCCUAGAGUCUAGCAAGAUGAAAAAUGGAAACUAUGAGGAUUUCCUCUGA